AGACAUAGAAGAAGAUGACAUCCAAACAUUUCCUAUUGAUCCUGUGCAUAAUGGGCGCCAUAAGGGACGCAGUGUCUCUGAAUCUCACAACUCCAUCAGUGGAAUUUCAGAACCUCUCAGCUGUGCCCAUGGGUUGCAGUCGGGAUGUCCCGUCCAUUUUCUACUUUCUGUGUGACCUGAAUGCAGCGUGGGGCAUCAUAUUAGAGGCGUUGGCCGGGCUUGGAAUUAUCUGCUCUCUUCUACUAGCUGUUAUCUUCUUGGCACUAGCACCUUCGGUUAUGAGAGACGAGCGCAAAGGAUCCUUGGGCAUAAACUUUAUGUUCCUGUUUGGUGUCUUUGGCCUGUUCUCUCUUGUUUUUGCCUUUAUCAUUGGACCGAACACGGCAGUGUGUGAAGUGAGAAGAUUUCUAUUCGGAGUUUUGUUUGCCCUCUGCUUUGCCAGCCUGGUGGCUCACUCUGUGAGGCUGAACUACCUAGCACUACACAAUCACGGCCCAGGAGGAGGCUUGAUUUUUUUACUCGCCACUGGACUUUUCUUGGUGGAGGCUGUAAUAAAUGCAGAAUGGCUUCUCAUCACUAAUGUCCGACAUAACCUUCCAUCAGCUAUCUCAAUAGGACAUCCUUGUAAUAUAGAUAACCAAGACUUUGUGACAUCUUUAGUCUAUGUCAUGUUUCUUAUUCUAGCCGCUCUGAUUAUUCCUUGCCCGGUACUUUGCGGACACUAUUUGCCCUGGAAACGCCAUGGCAAGUAUAUUGUGGUAACUGCCUUCCUCUCUCUUUCCAUCUGGGUGAUCUGGAUUGUGAUGUACCUCUAUGGCAAUGACAAAUUAGGCCGGAGGGACUGGGAGGACCCAGUUCUUGCCAUUGCUUUAGUGUCCAAUGGCUGGGUAUUUAUUUUCUUUUACUUUAUUCCGGAACUCCUGGAAAUGACAAGGACGGGGUAUGGAUACGAGACAGAAACCCUGAACAUGAUAAAAAGGUUUGAGGAACGUCCACCUUCUUUCAUUAUGGAGAACAGGGCGUUCACUAUGGAAAACCUGGAGAUGACUGAUCACGUGGAAACUAUAAAAAUCCAAGACAAACCUGUUUCUCCGUACAGUAACUAUUGUGGACUCUAUCCAACGUUGCCUUUGUACCCAUCGGAUGUGGAGACAGUCAACCACGUACCUCUGCCGCGCAUUUCCAUGGAGCCCUGGAGAUACCGUCUGUAGGAUUCGGAUACAUCAGCAGUGGAG